AUGCGCGGCGCGCGGCUAGGCGGAAGCGACGGCAAGGGGGAGAAACCGGGGAAGAUCGUUGUUGAACAUAAAAUGUUGAGAGGCUAUUUCUUACAAUUUCUAAUAAGUAGAGCUGUGCGGUUGAAAUUUAAACGCUGCGAAUUGACCCCCACUCCGGCAGGCCAGAGGCUUGCAUCCGACGUUAUGUAUCGCGAAGAAAAUUACGCGAAAAAUAAUGUUAACGGCAUCACUGCAGGUAAACACAACAACACAUUCAUCUUUGGUGACUUCAAUUUGCCAGACAUAUCAUGGCCUCUAGAUACUAACAGAAUUUAUAGUGGUUCGUCGCAACUUUUGGUUGAAUUGCUAGUGAACAGUCACUUAAACGAAAUGGUUUCGCAACCAACCAGAUAUAGAUCUAACCAGGAGCCCUCCACUCUAGACUUUAUAAUCUCCUCCGACAGUAGUUCUCUUGUCAACUUAGAAUACCUCGACCUCAUUGUUAAGAGGACAGCAACAGAUUAUAAAGCAAUAAAUCAAAAUUUAAACAAGAUAGCUAUGGUUUCCAUGUUGUCCCAUGCAUCAGUUGCCGACAAUUGGAAUCUUUUAAAAAAAAAGUUGUUCAACACCGUGGAACGUAAUACAGCCACUUUUAGUAGCAAGAUAUCUUCUAAAAAUCCUUGGAUUAAUAAUGAAAUUUUAAAGUUAAUUAGAAAAAAAAAAGAACACAGGCGAGCUUUUAAGAGAUCGGUUUCUGAGGUUGACUACAAGGCUCACAGAAAGUUUUCUAACCUUUCGCUCACUAUUAAAGACGCCAGGAUUAAAUAUGAAUCCAAAAUAGCUGAUGCCAACGUUCGCACCAAGAUCUCGGGUCCAGUUGGAACCUUACAAGUUAGAGACUCGUCUGGCGCUGUCGUCGAUAAUAGUGUUGAGGUGGCCAACAUUUUUGCUGACACUUUCUCAGCAGUAUUCACAAACGAACCGCCAUCAAAUCAACUGCCUCACUUGGCUAGUUUACCAAUCACCACAUUUAUUAGCGAUGUUGAUUUGUCUGAAUUCAUGAAAAAGUUGUGCAGACACUCUGAAUGGCCCCAUCACAUCAGUCUUCUAUUCACCCAGUCAUUUAGAUCAGGAGUAUUGCCACCUGACUGGCAAACAUCCACUGUACGACCUAUUUUUAAGAAAGGCAACAAAUUUGAUGCCAGCAACUACAGGUUUAUUAGUCUGACGUCCAUUGUUGUCAAAAUUAUGGAGUCGAUUAUAUACGAUCAGUUGAUUAAUUUUCUGUUAGAUCAGAACUUAAUUCCACCCGAACAGCACGGCUUCCUCCCCGGGAAAUCGAUCCAUUCGAAUCUCCUCUGCUGUCUGGCAGACUGGACAAAAGAGGUUGAUUGCGAGAGUUCUAUUGAUGUCAUCUAUUUGGACUUUUCCAAGGCGUUCGAUAGGGUCCCUAAACGUCGAUUGUUGUAUAAACUUCAGCGUCUUGGCGUACGUGGCAGUCUCAUCAAGUAG